UAUUACCGGAGGGGACAUAUUUAUUUUAAAUAAAGUAUGGCUCCUAUCGCUACAAAUUCAGAGCAGCGAACGGAGGACAGUUAUGGUCAAAAUAACAGUAUCGUUUUUAAUGCAUCAAAGAAAGAGCUCUUUACUCCAGCCAGUGGCUUUAGAAAUCUUGUGAGGAAACUGAGAAAUUAUUGGAAAGUUAUCAUUAAUAAGGAUGAAAUAACCUUGGAGAGAUUGUUGUAUGCCAAUCUGUUUGUUCUUGCCGGACCAAGAGAAAAAAUAUCAGCAAGUGAAUUUGAAGCAAUGAAAUCAUAUCUCGAGAAAGGUGGAAGUAUCCUUGUUUUACUGGGAGAGGGUGGUGAGGUACACUUUGGUACAAAUAUCAACUUUUUACUUGAAGAUUUUGGAAUCAUGGUUAAUUGUGAUUCAGUUAUACGUACAUCUUACUAUAAAUACUUCCAUCCAAAAGAAGUUUAUAUUUCAAAUGGAGUUUUAAACAGAGAGAUAAAUAAUGCUGCUGGUAAACAUAUUCCUGGUGAUCUUGAUAGUGACCUCUCCACAUUCACUCAAUCAUUAAAUUUUGUCUACCCAUUUGGUGCGACGCUACAUGUUGUAAAACCAGCGAUUCCUGUGUUAUCGACUGGGACAGUUUCAUUGCCAGUAAAUCGUCCGGUUUGUGCAUUUCAUUCCUCAAAGCGUUCCGGUGGAAAACUUGCAGUGAUCGGUUCAGUUCACAUUUUUCACGAUCAAUACUUUGAUAAAGAAGAAAAUAGUAAAGUUCAAGAUGUCGUUUUUCAAUGGUUGACGUCUGAGGAUGUUCGUCUUAACAUCAUUGAUGCUGAAGAUCCAGAGAUCUCCGACUAUCAUUUUAUUCCUGACACAUCAAAAUUAGCUGAGAGUCCUAAAGUUUGUCUGCAAGAAGGAGAGGAGAUCCCUAAUGAUUUUUCUAAGAUGUUCGACAAAGAUUUAUUCAAACUGGAUACAGCAAUCGUACCAGAAGUUCUUAGGAGUUAUGAUGAAAUGCACGUGAAACACGAGGCUCUACAGUUGAUUCCUCCGCAGUUUGAGACGCCGUUACCUCCUUUACAACCAGCGGUAUUCCCGCCGACUUUUCGCGAAUUGUCUGGUCCACCAAUGGAACUUUUUGAUUUAGAUGAUCAUUUUUCAUCAGAAAAAGUCAGAAUUGCUCAAAUCACCAACAAAUGCAGUGAUGAUGAUAUUGAAUAUUAUGUUCGUGAAUGUGGUGAAAUAUUAUGUGUAACGAACAAGUUGCCUGCAGAUGUCAGAGAUGCCAAACAUAUAUUGGAGUAUAUACUUGGACAAGUUGUUGAGUUUAAGAAACUUAACCAGGAGAUGGAUGAUGUGCUAUCCUGAGCAUGAUGUCUUCAUGAAAAUCACUGACAUAAGAAAUGAAAGACUCCAUUUUUUGAGGUAUGAAUGUUCAUGUUAUAAAAAAUGUUUUAAACUUUUCAAAACAAGAGUGAAAAAAAGUAUUUCACUGUGCAUAAAGGAAAAUCUUACUAGCAAACUUUCAAACAUUAUUUACAUAUACCAAUGAGUAAAUGUUUUUUCAGUGUUGUAA